AUGGCACUGGACAGCGACAGCAGCAGCAGCAGUGACGAGGACGCGCCUACCCCUAGUACCAGCCAAAAAAAGUCUUCUGCUCCAACAUGUGUAAAGCAGCCAUUUGAAGGCAAAGAAAUGCCUACUAUGUUUGAUAACCAUGAACCUGAGCCAGUUUUGAGUCCAUGGGGUUAUUUUAGUAGAUAUUUCAAUGAUGAGUUUUUUGAAAUGGGGGCAGCAUUAACUUCUCAGUAUUACUUGCAACAACAUGGUAGGGAAAUCACUCCAAAAUUGACUGUUGAAGACAUUAGGCAAUUUUUUGAUAUGCAUGCGAUUAUGGGAUGUUUUAAGUUUCCUAGAGUCCACCUUUACUGGAGUAUCAAAUAUCGAUUACCUCUCAUAGCUAAUGUUAUGGCGCGUGACAGGUUUUAUAAACUUCGAACGAAUUUUCACGUAGUCGAUAAUCUAUCAGUAUCGGAUGAUAUCAAACAGAAGAAUCAUCUCUGGAAAGUUCAACCAAUGAUAGACCGAGUUCGACAAAGAUGUCUUGAAAUUCACAGGCCAGAGAGUGGUUGUUUUUUAAUUGAUGAGAAAAUGAUACCCUUUUUAAGACGAUGUCCUAUACGUCAAUUUGUCAAAAAUAAAUCAAGGCCGGUUGGACUUAAGAAUUUUGUCAUUACAACGUCUUGUGGUACAAUAUUGGACUUCGAAAAAUACCAGGGUUCCUUGACGCCAUUGCCAACUUGGUUUAGGGCCAUCAGUUAUUCUUCGUUUAAUACAAACCUUUCCACCUGGAAGCUUUAUUUUUUUUGA